AUGGCGGACCGAGCCCUCCUCCGUUUCUUUCCGCUCAGCGUGAUACCGGCCAAUCAGAAUUGACUCGAAUCUUUCGUCACAGCCAAUCAGCUGACAACCUGAUCUUCUCGAAAACAUGUCGCCCAUGAAGCUGUGUGUUCCAGGUGACAAGCUAUGCAAUUCAGAAGACUGUAUUCCAGGCACAGGAGUAUAUCUGCGGCACGGCUGCAUUUACUCUUCACUAACGGGCUACGUGCUCAAGAAAAACCAAGGAGAGCAGUUACCAGUGAUCUCAGUGGUGAGGGAAACAGAAGCGCAACUACUACCAGAUGUCGGAGCAAUAGUCACCUGUAAGGUGACCAGCAUCAACCCCAGGUUCGCCAAGGUCCACAUCCUUUAUGUCGGCUCCACACCGCUGAAGGACCGCUUCAGGGGAACAAUACGGAAAGAAGAUGUGCGGGCGACAGAGAAAGACAAGGUGGAGACAUACAAAAGCUUCAGACCUGGCGACAUUGUCUUGGCCAAAGUUAUUUCUCUCGGUGACGUGCAGUCCAACUACCUAUUGACAACAGCCGAGAAUGAACUGGGGGUGGUGGUGGCUCACAGCGAAGCAGGGGCCCAGAUGGUUCCCAUCAGCUGGUGUGAGAUGCAGUGCCCGCGGACGCACUGCAAAGAGUUCCGCAAAGUGGCGAGAGUGCAGCCGGAGUAUCUACAGGCAUGAGAGACGACUUCUUUCUCCCACAAGGAACACACAGCUUCCCCUCCCUUUUUCACUCACUGUCGUCAAGUAGCCUCCCACCUCUGUUCCAGAGAAUUUUCUGAGAGACUGGACGACGUGCGUAUUUGUCGGCUUCUUCUGAAUUCACAUCUUAAGUGUUUGUUUUUAAAUAGCUUUCCCUCUGCACAGUGUCAUCGUUGAUUGUGCGAGCUUGAAAAACACUGAAGCAGCGUCGGACCAAACUGUCAUGACGUAUCCUAAACGAUGUAGCGAGUGUUGUAGAGAUAAAGUCAGUGCAUGUGUUGACAACAUCAGUUUUUAUAGUUGCUUUUCAAGUACAACUCAGGAUGUUACAUUGUAGCGCAGAAUUUUGAUGACCACUGUGUUGAGAAGCUAAAAAAGUUAAGAAUUUUGCACCGAGUGAAGAAAGAUCUUUUUCACAGAUGCAGGAUUGACUCAGUUUUGUUAUCAAGUAUUAUGACCGAUCAGGGGACUCAGAGGAUGAAGUAGCUGGGGAAUAAACGUAAGGCUUUGUAACCAGAGACCAUUUAAAGGGCAGUGGCUGUAUUUGCUCUGAAAUUAUGAGGAUUCAACCAAAAUUGCUGCACUUUGAAAUUUCUUUUGCAUGUCAUGCAUGUGACUUUUGUACAUUAAAGUGACAAAAACAAA